AUGCUUGGAGAAGCCUUCCUAACAGAAUUCCUUUACAAAGAAGAGAAACAUGCAAAAUUUUAUAAGCCACUAAGAUGUAAGAAGACAUCAAAUGAUGAAAAGGAAAAUUGGGAAAAUAAUAUUUUAAAUAUACAGGACAAUUCACCUCUUCCUCUUAAGAUGGGAAAUCAAGAGAAAGUUAUAGAAGGAAGUCUAACUGAAGAAGAUGUUAAUACAUCUCAAAUGAAAUCUGUGGAUGAGCUACCUGUUGCAAAAUUCAAAAGUACACUUCUUCCAGGAAAUGUAUCCAUUGCAUUGCCCAUUCCAAAGAGGGGACACGAUGACAUACAACUGGAUUUAUAUCGGUCUUGGUCAUGCACAAGUAUUUGCCAGAAUUAUCCUGACCUACAGAUAGGAGGUGACCAUGUCAGGAACAUGUAUGAUUCUGGCUGCUUUGUGGAACAUGCCCAUGAUGAUGUUUGUAAUGGUCCUCUUUUACUUUCAGUGGAUAUAUCAAUGGGCCACUCUCCUAAAACUGAGCCUCUAGAGAAAACAUCCACUUCAAAAUUAUUAAAUGGGGAUGAGAUUCGAGAAAAAAGCAUGUUAUUACAUAAGCAACCUCUCUCUAAUUCUAUGCUUAAUAGUUAUAUGGAAAAAAAGGUAGAUGAACUCUACAAACAGUUUUUGGAAGAAAAUCUUACCAGGUGCCUCUCUAUAACCAACCUCAUGGCCUCUAAUAUACUGAUGAAUAAUGUUAAUCAAAUUAGCCUUCAAAUCUCUCAAGAGCAGAACAUAGAGGCAUCCAAAGCCCGAGAAGCCCUCCUCCACUCUUUAGCACUCUAUAAUCUUCGUAAUGCUUCCCAUAGAAAUAGUACUGAAUUAAGCACGCCUAACUUACAAAUAUCAAACCAGACUAGUCGGGAACUUGUGUGA